AUGGCCGAGGCUCAGCAAAAGCCCGGCAUCGAAGCCGUGGAGAACACCACACAGCCAGCGACCAGUACAACGGCGCCCACCAACCAGCUCGGCAUCGAGCCCGCCCCGCCCCUCGAUUCGCAGGGCCCGCACAGGCGUGAUGCUGCCGGCGAGCUGCUCCGCAAGAUUGGUGAGGCUAGCGGCGGUGAGCGCGUGAUUGUGUCGCCUGCCGACAACAAGCGCAUCCUGCGCAAGAUUGACUUGGUCAUCUUGCCCAUCAUCCUGAUCGUUUAUUUUCUGCAGGCCCUCGACAAGGCCACGCUGUCGUACGCCUCCGUCUUUGGUCUGAUUACGGACACCAACCUUGUGGGCACGCAGUACUCGUGGCUCGGCUCGAUUGUGUACUUGGCGCAGCUGGUGGCCCAGCCGGCCGUGGCUUGGCUGCUGGUCACGGUGCCCGUGGGCAAGCUCAUCUCGACAGCCGUGCUGCUGUGGGGCGCCACGCUGGCCGCGAUGACGGCGGCGCACAACUUCCAGGGCCUCAUUGCGUCGCGGUUCUUUCUCGGCCUGUUCGAGGCCUGCGUAGCGCCCUGCUUUAUUGCCGUGACGCAAAUGUGGUGGCGCCGGCGCGAGCAGACGGUGCGCGUCAGCUACUGGUACGCCAUGAACGGCAUCACCAACAUGUUUGGCUCGCUCAUCACCUACGGCCUGGGCCACAUCCACUCGCAGGUGCUGCACUCGUACCAGAUCAUCUUUCUGUUCUUUGGUGUCAUCACCGUGGCCUUUUCUCUGGUCAUGUACAUCUUUAUGCCGGACUCGCCCGUCGAGGCCAAGUUUUUAGACGACGCCGACAAGGUCAUGGCCGUCGAGCGCCUCCGGCUGAACCAGAUGGGUGUGCUGUCGCGCGAGUGGCGCUGGGACCACGUGCGCGAGGCGCUGGUGGACGUUAAGACGUGGUGCUGGACCGCCCUGAUUUUUUCCAUUAGCAUUCCCUCGGGCGGCAUCUCCACGUUUGGCCCGCUCAUUGUCAAGUCGUUCGGCUUUGACUCGUUUGACACCAUCCUGUUCAACAUCCCCUUUGGCUUUGUCCAGCUCGUCGCGACUGUCGGCGGUGCGGUUCUGGCCACCUACAUCCGCAAAAAGGGCCCCGUCCUCAUCCUGCUGUGCCUCCCGCCCAUCGCCGGCUGUGCUGUCCUCAUGGCCGUGCCGCACGAUCUGGAGCACCGUGCCGCUCUGCUCGUGGGCUACUAUCUGAUCUCCGUCUACCCAGGCAUCACGCCCAUUAUCUAUUCGUGGUCCGCCCAAAACACGGCCGGCGACACCAAGCGCAAGUGCACGACGGCCAUCUUCACGAUUGGCCAGUGCGUCGGCAAUGUCGUGGGCCCGCAGCUGUACCAGACGACCGAGGCGCCGCUCUAUAAGCGCGGCCUGCGCAGCAACCUGGCGCUGUACGUGGUGCUGAUUGUGCUCACGCUGGUGACGAUGGGGUACCUGCGGAUCCUCAACACCUUGCACGCGGCGCGGCGCGUGGCGGAGGGCAAGAGCGCGACGAUUAUGGACGUGUCGCUGUUCUCGGCGGAAGACGCGGACCGAAUGAUGCAGGAGAUGGUGACGCAGGGCGAGACGGGCGAGACCGGUGCGCCGACGGGCGACCGGGCGUUUGAGGACCUGACGGACCUGCAGAACAAUGAAUUUGUGUUUGUGUAUUAG